AAUGAAUAUAUAACAUGCUUGUUGUGUUAUGUGAGUUGGUUUAUAUAAGACAUUUAAUUGAUGCUUGGCACAUUGCAGCACUCACUAAGUUUCAGUAAUUGAAGAAAUUGAAGAGAUAUUUAUCUGUUUUUACUUGUAGGUGAAAAGUUAUGGACAAUUCACGUAAAUAUUUAUUGAACUUCAAAGGCUAUAAUUUUGAACGUACACUUGUUGAUAUGAAAAUACUGGAAAAGUUAGAUGACUUUGAAAUCAGAGAUGAUGAUGUCUUCGUAAUCACAUAUCCCAAAUCUGGUACUAUCUGGACUCAGCAGAUACUAAGCUUGAUUUAUUUUGAGGGCCACCGAAACAGAACUGAAAAGUGGGACACGCUUGAUAGAGUGCCCUUCUUGGAAUACAAUAUUCGCAAAGUGGACAUUGAGAACAGACCAUCCCCUCGCCUCUUUUCUUCCCACCUUCCAUAUUAUUUAGCACCCAAAAGUCUCAAGAACAACAAAGCUAAAAUUAUUUAUGUCUACAGAAAUCCUAAGGAUGUUUUAAUUUCAUUUUUCCAUUUUUCAAAUAUGGUGGUUAGAUUUGAAGCUUCAAAUACCUUAGAAAAUUUCAUGGAAAAGUUUCUAGAUGGAAAAGUGAUGGGAAUCCUAUGGUUUGAUCACAUCAGAGGCUGGUAUGAACACAAAAAUGACUUCAAUAUUCUGUUCAUGAUGUAUGAAGAUAUGAAGAAGGAUCUCAGAAGUUCAAUACUGAAAAUCAGCAGUUUUCUUGAGAAGGAACUGAGUGAAGAGGAGGUGGACGCCAUUGUGAGGCAGGCUACAUUUGAAAACAUGAAGUUUAUUCCACAAGCAAAUUAUAAUAGUAUUCUAAGCAAUGAAAUUGGCACACGACAUAAUGAGGGAGCUUUCUUGCGCAAAGGUGCUGUUGGAGACUGGAAACACCACAUGACUGUGGAGCAGAGUGAGAGAUUUGACAGGAUAUUCCAGGAGGAGAUGAAAGAUUUUCCCUUGAAGUUCAUCUGGGAUCUAAAUGAUGAUGAGGCGAAUUCUAAUCACAGUGCAAAAUAG